GCUGUCGGGCGGCAGCGGGAUGGAGCUGCCGCUGCUCUACGAACAGGCCGGGCUGCUCCGCUUGGCGCCGCUGCUGCAGAGCCUGGACAACCUGAAGGAGGGCAAGCACAACCUGCGCGUCCGCCCCGCCGACAUCCCCAUCGCCGAGCGCGCCUCGCUCAACUACUGGCGGACGCGCAAGUGCAUCAGCAAGCCCUGCGCCGCCGCUGCCGCCGCCGAGUGCGCGCUGAAGAGCCCCGCCUGCUCCGGCUCGCAGGAGAAGGCGCCGCUGGGGCUGAUGGACACGCCGCUCCUGGACACGGAGGACGAGGUGCCCUACUGCUUCAUGCCGCUGCGCCUGGUGGAGCAGUUCCCGGCUCUGGUCACCGACGACAACCUGCUCUGGCUGGCCGACGCCGCGGCGCUGAUCGAGUGCGAGAGCGGCGAGUUCCGCUUCAUCGCUAAUUUUCUUCGCUCAGAGAAGAUUCUUUUGCCUGAUAACUUCUCCAGCUUGGAUGCUCUGGAAGCGGAAGCAGAAGCCUUGGGCAUUCCCAAGGUCAUAGAAGCCGUGAAGAUCUUCAGGAAUAACCCAGGCUCAUGUUCCAGCGAAGCCUCUAAGUCUCAAGGCUGUGAGAGGAGCACAACGGCACAGCAGCAGAGAGUUCAGGACCCAUCAGUCCUCCUCCCUUUGUACCCGAUGGUGCUGGGACUGCUAGUCAAGUACCCCGACUCUGCUCUGGGGCAGCUGCACAUGGAGAGCACCCUGGAUGGGAAUAAGCUCUACAUCUCAGGGAACGGAGUUCUUUUUCAGCAUGUCAUGAAUUGGUUAGGAACUUGCAGACUUCCACUUACACGAAAUAUGUCUGAACUUCCACACCUUUGCACGUAUUUGGAUCAAAUGGAUCUCAUCUAUGAGCCAAUGAAGGAUGCUUUAAAAAGAUUUCUAAACCCGAAGACGCCCACAGAUUCCCUGAUAAAAAAUGCAGAGUGGGCAGCAGAAAUAACAGCUUUUUCCCUCCAUCAUAUUGUCAAAGUCUAUGUAGGAAGCCACUGGUAUGCCACCUAUUUGCAAACGUUAUUAAAGUUUCCAGAGUUGUUGUCAAAUUGCAAAAAGGUAUAUUGGAUUGCUUAUGGCCAGAGUCUCCUCAUUCAUGGAGAUGGAAAAAUGUUUCGACAUGUUCUCAACUUCUUAAGACUUGGCAAGUUGUAUUUACCAUCUGAAUUUAAGGAAUGGUCCCUUUUGUGUCAGGAAGUGAUAGAGUACCAGAUCCCUUCUCUGUUGGAGGCUCUCGAUCAGUAUGACACGUACAGAUUGUGGGUACAACAGCAGGAAGUUCAACAUGUAGCUUCUCCGGUUAGAAACCUUGAGUCUCCAAUAUCAGAGAAGGAUACCGGAUCCAACAAAGUCCUUCAAGAUCAUUUACAUUUUGCUGUGGAAUUAGAUCAAUGUGCCAAUAAUUGGAAUAUAGCUAGAGAGACACAAUCUAUGGAAGUGAGUGAAAGAGAGAAUACCAAGUACACCAGCAUUUCUUCCAUUAAGGGAGCAAAACGAAAACCUCCCUGGGAAAUGUCCAAGUCCUCCGAUGACUGGGGAAACUCCUGCCUUUUCCGACAGGAAGGAAGCCCUCCCAAGAAAAGAGGAGCAAAGGGCAGCUUAACCAAACCCCUUGAGAACAGUGACCCCCCCAUUCAAAAGCUCAUUUCCCUGGUGCAAGGCUGGGAUAUGGCUCACUGCAGAUGCUGUGGGGCUCCCCAGGGACCAGGAUCUGGUGAAGAAUCUAAAUGGAGAGCAUUGUCCAUGAGGACCACCCCUUCCAGCUGCUCCAGAAUCUCCAGCUCUGAGCUAUCCAGUAAUGAGAUGGACAUACAAGGGGCACCAAGAGCACCAGGAAACCUGUCCAAGGCUGGACUGUGCAAGCAGGGACCCCUGCCUCCCCAGGGCUGGCUGGCAAAGGCGGACGAGCCAAGCACUUUGGAGGAGGUGCCCUCCUUGGGAAAAAGUACCAGCUCUCAGGAACAGAGAGGCCAGAAAGAGAAGGGAACUGCCCUUGAAGAAACUGCUCCUUGCCAAACCCUUGAUGUGAGGGGCUUGAUUCUUAAGGUUGAGCACCCUCCCAUUGUGCCCGGCGACGGUUCCUGCGUUUUUCACGAAGGCAGCAUUCUCUACAGCACAGGCACUGAAGACCUUACUCUGGCCUGUGCCCUGGCACCCCCAGUGGACAAAGAUGUCAUUUUUCUGAGUUUUCCAUUAACACAAGAAGAAAUUUUUUAUGCCCAGAAGUGCCAUGGUUUCCUCACAGAUGUCAUCUUGGAUUCUAUACGGCAGAAGGACCCUAAAGAGACCACUGCCAAAGUGGAGCUUCUGGUCCGGCGGUUGUGGGUAAGAAGAGAUCUGCUGCCUCCAGCCCGGAGAUGCUUUGGCUGGGCUGGCGAGCAAGCUUGGCCCUUUACGGCAUUCGAGCUGCUCCUUCCCAAGGGCUCUUUUUGCACCCUUCGGCCUGGCCAGGCUCUGGCUCUGGAACUUGAGUCCCCCCAUUUCUUACAGCACCUGCAGAUCCCUGCGAAGGAGUUUGUGGCCGAGCUCCUGAGUUCAGCGCCCUUUAAAGCCGAUGGCCAUUCUUAUGAGAAGUUGCUGAAGUGGGUUGAAGUAAGUGCGAAUGAUAGUGGUGCUUCCAUCCUCUUUGAUGGCCUUCCACAUGCACACUUGCAGUGCAGGCCUGGCUUUCAUUGUGAGACCCCUCCCCUCCUUUCUUGAGAACAGCCACAGGCAUGCCUGAGGGAUCUGACAUCCAAGAUCUCAGGUCAGGCAUGCCCAGGCUGUACACGGGUUCAGGCAAGGCAGCUCCCAAGCCCCCCCCCCCCCGCAUUGGCAGCCCAAAGUUCACCAAGAUGUGGCAGUAAAAUGGCAGAGUUUUGGUGGUGAGCCUUUUGCUCCGAUGAGCAGGCAUCUGGGAAGCAACCCACUCACUAUGAUUCUUGACACCUCCCCCUGAAAAGAGAAUGAAACGAGGGUCCUCAGUGAACAUGACUGUCCCCCCAGGAGGCCAUCUGUGCGACUGUUGCCAAGGGGGGAAGCUGAGGUGUGGCCUUUGACCCAGCAGAAAUUGCUAGCGAGCCUCUGUUUCCUUUCAGUUCACCCUGCCUUUUGCCUGGAAAUACAGCUGCUGCGUUAACUUGCUUAUUAAAAAAGGAUACUUUA